AUGCUGCUCCGCUCAGCGCGAAAGAUUCCGCCGUCCUUUGUCCUGCUCCUCGUCUUCCUCGUCUUCUUGGGAUGGCAACUCAGUCAGGGUCCGAGCCAUGAGGAACUUCCUCCGCCCCCACCCCCAGAUGUUCCUGCGCCCCCGCCAGUCGAGGCAGAACAGAAGCCCCACGAGGAAGAGAAGAAGCCCUUGCGAAUCGCCGUCGUGACAUUCGUAACGGACCAAAGAUCCUAUCUCCACCUCUCGCUCAAGAACAAAGACCACUACUCGCGACGCCACGGCUAUGACUUCAUCACCGACUUUGAAGCGCACUCUGAACGGGGGCCUGUCUACUGGAAGUUCGACAUGGUGGAGAGACUGGUCAAAACUGGCAGAUACGACUGGAUAUGGUGGCUGGACUUUGACACCCUCAUCACCGACACCGGUGUCAGAGUUGCCGACAUCAUCACCGACGAACUAGACAAGGCUGAAGAUCCGGACCAAGUCGACUACAUACUCACACACGACUGCAACGGCUUGAACUUAGGAUCCUUUGCCGUCCGCGGACAUGAACGAUCUCUCGAAUUCCUGCGCCGCGCACUCGAAUUACGUGAUGAAGCGGAGAACGGCGAUGAGCACAAGAAUUACAGCGAGCAGGACGCCAUGGUCGAGCUACUCAAGGAGGAUCCAUACUCGGGCAGACAUGUUGUGGCGCCCCAGUCAAAGCUGAACGCCUUUCCAAAGGAUAUACCGUGUUUUGAAAACGAAGAUGGCGAAUGGAAGCCGGGCAAGUUCCUCCUGCAUUUUGCGGGUGCAUGGGCGCAUGUCAAGGGCGAGGAUCCCACAGGUCAGCUUAUGAAGAAGUAUGAAGGGAAUAUCAUUUGGGGCGACUGGAAAGAGUUUUAUUGA